GCAUGGAGCCGCGGCGCAGCUGUUCUCCUCCGAUCUCCUCCGCACUCCUCCGUUCUCUGCCAUGGUGCUGCUGAAAGUGAUCAAGUAUCUAGUGGGCUGCGUGGCGCGUGUCUGCCAGGAGUUGUCCCAGAACAUGACUUCCCUCAACAAAAUGUUUAAAUAUCAUUUGCUGGAGAUCUCCUAGCGCCAGGAGACAGGACAUGGAGAGCAUACAAAUGUAGAUUGUGUGGAGAUCCUUCGUUAUUUUCUAAUUUUUUAGUCUUAGAGUGGCUCAAGCAAGUCUUUUGUUAUGGAAUCCACAAAUAAAAAACCAAAAAAACC